UCCCGUAAGUGCUAAAACAAAAUCUAGAUUACUAGUAGUCGCCAUGUAAUGUCCCUUACAACUCGAGUAAUUCAGUAUUCUCCAAAAAAAAAUAUAAGUAGUGCUAAUCUCAUGUUAAAUCAUCACCAGAUGCUUGUGAUACACUGCCUUUAAGUAUUGUAUUGUAUUGUAUAUACCUAUCUGGCUGUGCAGAUACCUAUCUGCUGUGAUAAAAUAACUUAUGUAUAUAUGACACAUAUAAUUUUACACAUCGAAUGUCAACGAUUUUCGUGAUAUUCAUCGUAGUCACAGCCCUUUGCACAUCAGCAUAUGCUGGUGGAUAUGGGUUACUAGGGGGUAGUCUUGGUAGUCAAUAUGGUUCCAGUUAUGGGGGUGGAUACUACUCUGGAGGUGGUAAUUACUACACAAGGCCUUAUUAUAGUCAAGGCGGAUACUCCAGCGGUUACUAUCCAGGAGGAGGUGGAUACUAUGGAAACUCUUUAGGACAAAGUGGAAUCUAUGGUAUAGGGUUUGGAAGCGGCCUUGGAGGCGGCUACGGCGGUGGUUAUGGUGGCGGAUUAGGGUAUGGAGGCGGUUAUGGAAGUGGAAUAGGAAGCGGAUAUGGUAGCAGUUAUGGAGGUUCCUAUGGAAGUGGCUUAGGAUACGGUAGCGGUGGAUAUGGAGGCACCAAUUACUUAGGUGGCUAUGGGGGAGGCGGUUAUGGUGGAGGGUAUGGAGUAGGCUACGGAAGUGGAUAUGGAAGCGGGUACAGCGGUUAUAAACCAGGAUACGGAGGAGGAUAUUACUCAAGUGGAUAUGAUGGAUACAGAACGACGAAUACUCUAGGAAAGCCAUACGGUUACAGGGGGUAUGGCUACUCAAGUUACAAAUGAGAGAAACAACGAGGAAGAUGCACCAUUGAAUAAAAUGUGAUGUUAGAUUUAAGAAACUCCCUGUACGAAUUAAAUUGUAUUUAUUUGUUAAGCUGCCUACUUUAGAAUUGCGACAAUAAUACAAAAAUCAAGAACAAAUACUUAAUAAGUGUAAUUAAUUCUAAUGUUAUAAUAAAAAGAUCUGUUAAA